UUUGCUUAAUGCAUUCUUUCUUAUAAAAAAACCGCUUAAAAUAAUUUAUUUUUCGAUGCCUUAAUUUUUUUAUAAUUCUGAUUAUUAUUUUUUAAAAUUAUUUAAACUUGCGACAAAUUACUCUCUCCCCAGGAGAACCGCGAAAGAAAUGUAAGCAAACCAGUUCAAACCGGUUACGGGAAGAAGGUAAGAUAAUGCGCUGAAAUGUGAUUGAAAAUUCGAGCGUGGUUUUUGAGUUAAUGUUUUUAUAAAGUUCUAAUAUUUACCUUCUUGUUUAUUGCGAUUGACAAUUCGAUCCUUCAUAUUCGUCUAGUGGGAAAAAACGGUGUAUUUUCAUUGUUUUAGUUGAUCUGUAAAUAAAAAUCAUCUGGUCGCUUAGUUAAUACCGCUAUAUGACAUCUGUUCAAUUGGAUGGGAUGAAGGACCAUGUUGGAUUCGGAGGCCCAGUUAAUGGGAACAUGAUGGGCAUGCCUGAAGCUGCUAGGCUUCUUGACUUCACACAGAAAUUGGAUAUCACUUUACUUGAUAAUGUCGUUAAUUGCAUGUAUGCAGGUGUUGGUAAUGAGCAAAAAAUUGCUCAAGAAAUAUUGACAGCUCUUAAAGAGCAUCCUGAUGCUUGGACUAGAGUCGAUACCAUUUUGGAGUUUUCAGAGAAUCAGCAAACCAAGUAUUAUGGGUUGCAGAUUUUGGAAAAUGUAAUCAAAACAAGGUGGAAGGUUUUGCCUCGGGAACAGUGUGAUGGCAUCAAGAAUUACAUUGUUAGUCUAAUUAUUAAAACCUCCUCUGAUCCCAAAACUUUGGAACAAGAAAAGGUGUAUUUGAAUAAAUUGAACAUGAUUUUGGUUCAGAUUUUGAAGAGAGAAUGGCCAAAAAAUUGGCCAAGUUUUAUUACAGAUAUUGUGGGUGCGAGCAAGUCAAAUGAAAGUCUGUGCCAGAACAACAUGACCAUUUUAAAACUGUUGAGUGAAGAGGUGUUCGAUUUUUCAAGUGGUCAAAUGACACAGAUAAAAGCUAAACAUUUGAAAGAUACAAUGUGUAAUGAGUUUUCUCAGAUCUUCCAACUUUGCAACACUGUCCUGGAAACCUCAUCUUAUCCUUUACUAGUUCAUGCAACAUUAGAAACAUUGCUCCGAUUUUUAAACUGGAUUCCUCUUGGUUAUAUAUUUGAAACAAAGCUUAUCAGCACUCUUAUCUAUAAGUUCUUUAAUGUUCCUAUGUUCCGAAAUGUGACUUUAAAAUGUUUGACUGAGAUAGCUGGCGUUUCUGCUGGACACUACAAUGAAAUGUUUGUUCUCCUCUUUACUCAAACUAUGGAGCAGCUUGAACAGAUGCUUCCUGUUGACACUGUCAUAAAGGAUGCAUAUGCUAAUGGUGAAGAUGAAAACCAAAAAUUUAUCCAGAAUCUUAGCUUAUUUUUGAGUAUUUUCUUGAAAGAGCAUGGAUCCUAUGUUGAAAAGAAACCUGAACUUAGCAAGACUUUUCUUCAGGCAUUACACUACUUACUUUUAAUAUCAGAGGUUGAAGAAGUAGAAAUAUUUAAAAUCUGCUUAGAGUACUGGAAUUAUUUAGCAGCAGAUUUAUAUAGGGAAAGCCCAUGCCAAGGUGGAAUUCCGAAUACUCCUCUCAUUGUUGCAAGAAGCCCAAGUGCUGUGCAGCCUUUACGGAGACAAUUCUACCAUCCUGUUUUAACAAAGUUGAGAUAUAUUAUGAUUGGAAGAAUGGCCAAACCUGAAGAAGUUCUUGUUGUCGAGAAUGAACAAGGAGAAGUGGUACGAGAAUUCAUGAAAGAUACUGAUUCCAUACAGUUGUAUAAAAAUAUGAGAGAAACUUUGGUUUAUCUUACUCAUCUGGAUUAUAAUGAUACAGAGCGAAUAAUGACUGAAAAAUUACAUAAUCAAGUGAAUGGUUCUGAGUGGUCAUGGAAGAAUUUAAAUACUCUGUGUUGGGCUAUUGGUUCUAUAAGUGGUGCCAUGCACGAGGAAGAUGAAAAACGAUUUCUAGUCACAGUCAUUAAGGAUUUAUUGGGUUUGUGUGAACAGAAACGUGGAAAGGACAAUAAAGCUAUAAUUGCUUCCAAUAUCAUGUAUGUUGUUGGACAAUACCCACGAUUUUUACGAGCUCAUUGGAAAUUUUUGAAAACAGUGGUGAACAAACUGUUCGAAUUCAUGCACGAAACUCAUGCUGGUGUUCAAGAUAUGGCUUGUGAUACAUUCAUAAAAAUAGCUCAGAAAUGUCGCAGACAUUUUGUUCAGGUUCAAGUUGGAGAAGUUAUGCCAUUUAUUGAGGAUAUCUUGAAUAGUAUAAACACAAUAAUUUGUGAUUUGCAACCACAACAGGUUCACACAUUUUACGAAGCAGUAGGAUGCAUGAUUGCUGCCCAGACUGACCAAGCUGUCAGAGAUCAUUUGAUUGACAAAUAUAUGUUACUCCCAAAUGAAGUUUGGGAUGCAAUCAUUAGACAAGCUACUAAGUCAGUAGAAGUACUACAACAUGAAGAUGCUGUGAAACAGUUGGGGAAUAUUUUGAAGACAAAUGUUCGAGCUUGCAUGGCUUUAGGACAUCCAUACGUUAUGCAGCUUGGUCGUAUCUACCUAGAUAUGCUGAAUGUUUAUAAAGUGAUGAGUGAAAAUAUUAUAGGAUUUAUUGCUAAAAAUGGUGAAUCUGCCAUGAAACAAUCUAAAAUCCGUGGUAUGCGAACUGUAAAAAAAGAAACUCUAAAGUUAAUAUCAUCAUGGGUGAGCCGGUCUACUGAUCCUCAAAUGGUAUUGGAAAACUUUAUACCACCCCUACUUGAUGCAGUAUUAUUGGAUUACCAGCGGUGUACGGUUCCAUCCGCCCGAGAGCCUGAAGUACUUUCAACUAUGGCCACUAUUGUAAAUAGAUUAGAAGGACACAUUACUCCUGAAAUACCAAAAAUCUUCGAUCAUGUGUUUGAAUGCACUCUUGAUAUGAUUAACAAGGACUUUGAAGAAUUCCCAGAGCAUCGAACAAAUUUUUUCCUUUUAUUGCAUGCUGCUGUUACUCAUUGUUUCCCAGCAUUGUUAAAUAUUGCUCCUGCUCAAUUUAAGUUGGUACUGGACUCCAUUAUUUGGGCUUUCAAGCAUACAAUGAGAAAUGUAGCUGAUACUGGUCUUCAGAUUUUAUAUCAGUUGUUGCAAAAUAUUGCUAGUGAUGAGGCCAGAUCGCAAAGCUUUUAUCAAACCUACUACACAGAUAUUCUACAGCAUUUAUUUUCUGUUGUGACAGAUACUUCUCAUACUGCAGGUUUAACAAUGCAGGCCACAAUAUUGGCAUAUAUGUUCAGUUUGGUUGAGAGUGGAAAAAUCACUGUGCCCUUGAACCCAAUUGAGCAGGCGGCUACACAGCAGAAUAAUAUCAUCUAUGUCCAAGAGUUUGUAGCGCAUCUGUUGAAAACUGCAUUUGGUCAUUUGUCUGAUCCUCAAAUCAAAAUCACAGUUCAAGGUUUCUUUAAUUUGGAUCAAGAUAUCCCUGCAUUCAAGGAGCAUUUACGGGACUUUUUGGUGCAGAUACGAGAAUUUGCUGGUGAGGACGAUAGUGAUUUGUUUCUCGAAGAGAGAGAAGCCGCCCUUCUCCAAGCCCAGGAGGAGAAACGAAGAAUCGAUAAAUCAGUGCCCGGCAUUCUCAACCCACAUGAAAUUGCAGAAGACAUGCAGGACUGAUGAGGCUGCACAAACACUCAGUAGUGCAACCUAUAACUCAGCAGCGCUGCAGAUUCAGAACAUUGUAUCUUUGCCAUGUUCUCAUUUUCUUCAUCAUAUGUUUGAAUUCAGAAUUUAAGUUAUAUUUGUGAAAAAACAAGAGAAAACCUUUUUUGUGUGUGAAAUUUUUAGGACAGUAUGUGUGUUAUUGCAUAUUUGAGGGAAGAAUGCAAACAUCAUGCCCAUAUUUUGUAGAUAAUCAACUUCAGUUUUAAGUUUUGCAGCAACUGGUGCUUGAAAGUGUAAAAUGCUAUGUGUGUGUUUAUCCCAGCUAAAGGGUUAAAAGAAUUUGGUUGUCUGUGGCUGUAAAUAAACAUCACUUCAUGUUUGCAAAUAAAUUAAUUGGAUUCUUCCAAAAAAAAAAAGAUAUCUCAUCUUGAAAUUAUUGGCCUCUUUUUGAAGGCAGCACUGUGUGCAAAAAAAAAAAAAAAAUGGCUAUGAGGAGAAAAUUUUCUUUCUUUUUUUUUCUCUCCCCUCCCAUACUUUUUCCCGACUGUAGAUAAAUAAUAUAGCCUUCUCUAUGUAACACUUGUUUGAUUACAGAUACCAUGUUAAAUCUUAAAUUGUGGAAAAAUAAUUUUACUCUUCUAAACUUGAAUUAUAUUUUUAAAUAUAUAUAUAUAUUUUUUUGAUAGAAUGACCCAAGUUUUGUGUUUAUAUGCUAUUUAAAAAUAUGCUAAUCUGUUGGAUCUUCUUGAUUGACCAUUUUGUAAUGUGUUCAUAUGUUUUAAACCAAUUUAUUUUGUCAUUAUUGUGAUGUUUUUUAAAUAGUGAUAUUGCUGUCAGCAAAAGUGUUUAUAUUUAAAAAACAAAAGAAAAAAAAGAGCAUCUUUUUACUUCUCAUUACUGAAUCGUGUGUACGAAGUAUUUUAUUGGUAUGAGAGCGUCACUGUAUCACUUACAACUAAAAACAUGACAUUCAUCAACGAAUAGAUCAUCCUGUAUGAUUGGUAUUUCAGGGUGUCAGUAAAUUAUUUUCAUGUUUAACGAGUUGAAAAGGCAAAUGUGAUUUAUGAGAGAAAUGCUCUCUAAUACUUAACUAUUUAAUUCAUGAAGAUCUUUUCAUCUUGAAAUGAUUUUUCCCCUCUCCUGCUGACAGUAUUUUUUUAAGGUGUUUUCAAUGACAUCUUUUCUCUCCUUUCUAAAAACUUUACUUUUUUUUUUUUUUUUUUAAUAAUCUGGAUUGCUGAAUAAGAAACUGAUGACUGACUAAAAAAAAUAUUUUAUGCUUCUGCAUGAUGCCGUUGAUACAAUUGUGUGGACACCCUGUAUUCUUGUAUCAGUGUUAAAUUAAAUUUGGUUUGAGUGGUAGAGUAAAUGCAUUUCAUAAGUUACUAUACAGCUAUUGCUAGUUGCUGCUAAUUUACCCCUGUGGGGUAUAUUUAUAAAAAUACACUCUCCUUUAAAAGGAAAACUAGCUUCUUUCAUUUUCAUUUGCCAUUUUUUUUAUUUUUAUUUACAUUUCCUUUUUAAUCACCUGAUUUUUUUUUUUUUUUAAUGUUACCUACCUCUGUCUGGUUUAAUCUUCUCAUUUCCAAAUAUUUCCUUUGCCUUUCCUAGUCAUUUCUGAUAACUUUGCUUAGUACAGUUUCAAAGAAAAGGCUUGGGGAUAUAUUUUUUUCUAGACAUUCAACUUUUCCUAAUAGCUUGAUAUUUUUAAGGGGUAACUAAAUGCUAAGAUUCUAUUUCUCUGCUUUCUCAAGCUUAUUAAAAGUAAAUUGAAUUUUGAAGUAAAUAACUGGUCCACCAAAUUUCUAAAUGUCAUGUGUUUAGUUUUUCUUUUUUUGUAAAAGAUAUUAAACUUAAUAAAAACUUUAUUUCACAGUUUCA